AUGUUGCCAAUUAAUGAAUUAAGCUCUGAAUGUAAGUCCAAUCAAAAAUGUUUCGGUGGUAUCGCCCGCACAGUUACCAAAGUCAACGAAAUACUUAAUCAACAACAGAAUACCGGUGCAAAUAAUAAUGUGUUGUUCCUGAACGGCGGCGACCACUUUCAGGGAACCGUUUGGUAUACAAUCAAGAAAUGGCAAGUCGUGGCACAGUUUGUCAAACUAUUCAAACACGACGCCAUGGCUUUAGGCAAUCAUGAGUUUGACGAUGGAGUCGCUGGUCUGUUGCCUUUUGUCAAGAAUGUCACUAAUGAUGAAAAUGACAAACCGUUACCUAUUGUUUGCGCCAAUAUUGUGACCUCAGGCGAACUGAGACAACUGGUAAAGCCGUCGAUUGUUGUGGAAAGAGUGGGCAAAAAGAUAGCUAUAAUUGGUUAUAUAACACCUGACACUAAGUUUUUGGCCCGACCGGGCAGUGAUGUCACUUUUACUGAUGAAAUUCAAAGUAUUAGACAAGAGAUUACUAGACUAAAGCAAAACGACAACACAAAAGAUAUCAACAUUUUUAUAGCUGUCGGUCAUUCCGGGUUUGAAAAGGAUAAAGAAAUUGCUGCUCAGAUCCCGGAGCUGGAUAUAGUAGUUGGCGGACACAGUAAUACAUUUUUAUAUACAGGAACCCCUAUACCAUCCAUCGAGAAGCCUGAGGGCGAGUAUCCGGUUGUUUUUGAUCAUCAGAGCAAUGGUAAGACACUUGUGGUGCAAGCAUUUGCUUACGGCAAAUAUCUGGGAAAACUUGACGUCCAGUUUGAUGAAAACGGUAUUAUUACCGGAUAUUCAGGAAAUCCUAUUUUAUUAGAUAGUAAAGUACCAGAAGAUGCGAAAACUCGAUCACUGGUGGAAUCGGUAGCCUCUGAGAUAAAUGCAAAAUUUAAUGAAACUGUAGGCUAUAGUCGUGUAUUGUUAGACAGUACUCAGUGUAGAGAAAAAGAGUGUAAUUGUGGUAAUCUUUUUGCCGAUGCAUUUGUCGACUAUUUUAUGGACAUAUCGCAAGAGGAAAGACGUAAUGGUUGGACAACAGUUCCCAUUGCUAUUGUAAACGGUGGAGCAGUCAGAAACACCAUCAGCGAUGGAAAUAUUACAAUGAAAGACAUUAUGUCUACGGCUCCGUUUGGCAACAAACUCGGUGUACUCAACACAAGUGGUGCUAAUUUGUGGAAAAUUUUGGAGCACUCGGCAUCCAGUUAUAAAUUAGGCGGUUUUCUACAAGUGUCAGGCAUUAGAUAUACCUUAAACCCUACACUACCCACAGGAAAACGUUUGCUAACCGUUAGAGUAAGAUGCGGCUCCUGUAUGACCCCUGUCUACGAAGAUAUUGAUUUGAAUGCUAAAUACUCGAUUGCAUUGACCGAGUAUUUAGCACAUGGAGGUGAUAACUAUACAAUGAUUAAUGAAACUGAGUUUACAGCUUAUGAGAUGAUAGACAACCAAAUGCUCAGUGAUUAUAUCGAAACACAUUCACCCAUAAUAACCGGUAUCGAGGAUAGGAUUAUUAUAGACACUGACAAUCAUAAUGAAGGAAACUAUGCAAAUACUAGACAUUCAUCUAUAAAUUUAAUAUAUUCGUCUAUUAAUAUAAGACACAUUAGGUUGUUAGCACAACCACGUAAAUCCAGGGGACAUAUCAUUAUUAUUGGCGGGUCGGGUGGUGGCGGCAAAACAGUAGAAGAAAAAAUAGUUCAUGUACCGGUGCCCUAUCCCAUACACCAACCCUGUCCAAUGCAUAAGGCAUCAAUGAUUAUGAAAUAUCCUAUGCCUGUCCAUCAUCAUCAUCAUCCCAUGUCUAUGGCAUCGCACUCGAUGCCAAUAGCGUCACAUAGAGUUCCUGUGGCGGCCAGUAUUCCAGUGCCUAAAUUUUUGCCCAUACCUAUUAUGAAACAAGUUCCCAUUGUCAAACAUGUACCAGUUUUUCAACCAAUACAACCAACACCUCCGCCAACACAACAGGUAACUGUUUACCAGAAAAUACCGGUCUAUCAAAAAGAGACGACACCUGUAGUACCACAACAAAUGGAAAUACCUGACCAACAGCAGCAGCAGCACCAAUACGAACAUCAAACUCAGCCACAGUCAGCACUUCCAAUACCGCAGACACAACCACAACAAGUAGAUGAUGGCUUACAAAACGUUGAAUACAAUCAAAAUGAUUUCAAUCAUCAACUUUUGAAUGAAGAAUCAGCGCCGGCUGAUUAUCAAUACAAUUCAGUGCUACCCCUAUCAGGAUAUCCAUUGCAAGACCAACAACAACAACACAUUCAGCAACAACAACAACAACCAAUACAAGAACAACCACAACAAGAAUCACAUACAACACAACCACCACAGGAGUCAAAACUAAAUAUGUUAUUAAAUAAACUUAAGAUUAAGCCUAUUAUUAAACCAAUUACCAGUUUGAGUUCACUUUUAACAGGCAAUAGUAAUAAUUCAUAA